UAUUGAGCCCAAUACCUCAAUCACAAAUGGGCCGCAUUUCCGUCGUCGUUUUAGCUGGACUCCCAUAGCUAGGGUUUUGAAAACCUUCUUAUAAAACAAACCAAAAUUCACAAAUCCACCCCGUCGCAUUUCCUUCAGCCAGUGUUUUUCUGAACUCAUAGGAGAAGAGAAAUGGCCAAGUCGAAGAAUCACACCGCCCACAACCAGUCGCACAAGGCCCACAGGAACGGAAUCAAGAAGCCCAAGCGUCACCCCCACACCUCCACCAAAGGGAUGGAUCCUAAGUUCUUGAGAAACCAGAGGUAUGCGAAGAAGCACAACAAGAAGAGCGGCGAGGCCGCCAGCGGGGAAGAAUAGAUUCUUCGAAUUACGUAUUUACCCUAAUCCCAUCUUAGUCAUUUUGUAUGGGCAAAAAUGAUGAUUUUUGGGGAUCAGGGAUUAGGGUUUUUAAUAUCUGUUUUAGGAUUUUUGAUAUGGCGUUGUAUUGGAUUAUAUAGUGUUAUUUCACCUCUUUUUUUGAUAUGAAGUUAUCAGAUAUUUGAAUU